CACUCUCUGCCUCCAUUUUUCUCUUCCUCUUCUUCUUCUCUCGUCCCCCCCCUCCUCCUCUUUUCAUCUUGGGCCCUUUUUCUGAUGCUGAAUGCAAAUGUGUAGCCCUGCUGCUGGCGGCGAGAGGGGCUGAAUUGUGAUUAAGGAGAAGAAGAAGAAGAAGGAGUAGAAGGAGAAGAAGAAGAGGAGGCUUUUUCUUUUUUUUUCUCCAUUGUUCUCCCCCCGGGGGGAUGUUUACCAGGAGAGACACGGCGGAUCAGAUAUGAAAGGCAUUCAGAGGAAUGCCCGCUCCUCCUCAGCUUCCUGCUGCUUGCGAGGAGCGUGGGGCGCAGCCCCGUGUGGGAAUGGCAGCCCUGAAUGCCGGCCUGGACAACCCCCCGCCACUAUUGACGAGGAGGAAGAAGGAGAAGCCCCCUGAAACGCGCCACCUAUCUUCACGGGAGGGGAUAAUUGAGGAGAGUCAAACAAGAAGACUCAGUAGGAUCUGCCUCCUGAAUGUUUUCUGGCGUUGGGUCUUAGAGGCGGCGCUGCAGAGGAGCUGCAGCGAUGUUUCGCUGUCUUUUCCGUGGAAUUACAGCUUCUGUUUGGGAGCUCGGGUUACACCCUGGCUGCUGCGCUGUCAGCUGCUGCUCCAUGAGGGAACGACUCGGCAGGAGAAAUUCAGCACAGCCCCAAGAGUUAAAUCAUUACAGGGAGGUCAGAGGUCAGGGAGGGGGGGGAUAUUAGGACCUGCUUCAGACAAUCUGGAUUUGUCAAAUUUAACACAUUUCCAGCAUCAGUUUACCGAUAGAAGAGCCAUGAGUUGCAGGAGGCAGAAAGAUGCCGAUGCAUCCGACGCCUCGGGACCUGAGCACAGUUGUAUGUACAUGUUGUGCAUUCAGCAGCUCGGCCGCUAGGCGUCCCUGAUUAUUGGCCUAAUUUAGAUCUGCGAGAGUCACGUGACGAAAGAGAGCAUCCACGGAUGAAUCCCUGCAUCCUCUCAGGAAACAGGCUGGCAGUUUCCCCCAAACCUGUUGCAAAGAAAGAAGGGAGAUUUCUGCAUAAAACUCGACUCAUUAUAAACAAAAUAAAGCAAAAUGCUGCAGAGAUGUGAAAUAAAAUUUACAAAUCUUCUGCAUGGAUUGAUGCAGAGCAGCAUCAUCUUCAGAUACGUGGAGCUUUUUCACAGAACUCCCUAUUAGGAUGUCAGGGAGCUGGAGCAGAGCUGAUGUAUUCAGCAUCAAGCUGCCAAAACCAUUUAAAUACAUCCCUGCCAAAGGUUUAUCCUCCAACUAGUAGCACAAAUAAAUCGGAUCCGUUUCCAAGCUAAACAAUGAUUCAGCUUCUCCUCCCUCAGAGUCCUGAUGGGCGGAGCUUAAGGACAAUUAGUUUGUUUUUGUUUGAUUAAAACAUCUGGGAAAAAAGGCCUUAAAGCUUCUACCUGCAGUAGCUGAGCACUGAGCCACACAGGGCGGAUUGGUCAAAAAAUAAGCAGCAGGAACAUUAAAACAUUUAGUAAGUGUUUCAUAAUUAGAGCAGCU